UAUCUUUUCGGCAGGCCGGACCCGGACCCGAUGCGCUUGCGCGGCCGUCCAAAAACGUGACGACCCGUCGCGCGCGGCGCGCCUAGGAUAUGCUCGUGAGGGAAUGACCCGCGACCACACGGGGCCCGGGGAUUGGCGGGCGCCGCGCCCAGAUCUCCCCGGAUGGGGCGUGUGCGGCUGCCGGGGCCGCAUCGUGUGCUCGCCAAAUUCUCCCGUCUCCGUUCUCCCCCUCGACGCCAGCAGCUACCAGCCUACGCAGCUGCUGCUACCUUAUCCCCCCCGCUGGCCUCAUCUCGGCAGCUACUACUUACCCCUCCUGCUGUGCUGCCCCGGGCGCUCCUCUGCUCGACUGCUCCCGUUGGCUUCUUCUUCCCCACCUCGCUUCCACUCGCUUGCCGCUCCCUCCGAUCACCGGCUGCCCCGUGCUGAGCUCUUCUACUACGCAGAGCGAUGAACAUCUUGAACCAGCCCAUCAACCCCGGCGGCCACCCGGUGUUCCCGGCGGCCAAGGAGGCCGGCCACCUCACGCCGGCGUCGGUGCGCUUCGACGGCGUGCCGGCGCAGCCCAGCACGGUAGCCGCGGGGCGCUCCAGCGCGCAGUACCCGAGAUGGCAGGCGCAGACGCUGCGCCGGGCCAGCAGCUACGUCGGCGCCGACCACGACGGGGCCACCGCGGCCGCGGGCCCGGAGCCCGCCCCGUUCAAGCCGCCGACGCUCGACUUCCUGCGGUCGCUCCUGGACAGGAGUAGCUGCAGCGUGAGCUCCGCCUUGGCGGGCGGCGAGGCCAGCGCCCCGCCGCCGCAGCUGCUCGCGCUGCGGGUGGUCGUGUCCUCCGCGGUGGAGCUGGACGCGCGCCAGACCGAGCUCAUCGCGCGCAAGAUGCGCCGGCUCACCGGGUUCGUGAACCUCACGGUCGAGAACGUCGUGGACCCGUCCCUGAUCGCCGGCUUCGUCAUCUGCUACGGCACCGACGACUCCCACGUCAUCGACCUCAGCGUCAAGGGCCAGCUCGCCGCGCUCAAGAACCGCGUCGACUCCAUCGACCAGACCGCCCACGGGCACCCGCACCCCUGUAUCCCUGAUCGACCGAACUACACCUGAUGCUCUGGAGCAAGGCGCGCCAUAGCUACACCGUGCUACAAGCCUAUAGCAGCACUACUAUCCCCGUGAUCAUGACACUAUUUAUACAACCGAACGCCAUGCCAACAACAGUUUUCCGAUCUAAUGUUGUUGUAAAUCGCGAGAAACUUAGCUACUCCCUCCCUGCUGAGCCUAUAUACAUGUUUGUAUGCUACACGAAGUGUUACUGUAUAUGAAGAAUGCCGAAACAGCGGCUUCUACGGUGUACUGUGCUAAAUGUUGCGAAGUUGCAGUUUGUAAGCGAGGUGGAGGUGGGUUGCAGCUCUGUAAGUGUAGAGCUAGCAGAGGCCGAUGCCAUGGGAACUAUAGGUAAAUGCUACUGUCUCCAGGAGCAAGUAAUUGUAUUUGUGAGAUGCAGCUAAAGCUUUUAUCUAUAUUCA